UAACUCAUCAGACAUCGUAACGCGUUCGUGCUCGGUUCUGAAUGUGUCGCUUAGUUUCAUUGUCUAAUUAACUUGAUUUACUUUUGCUGUCGCUGUCGUCGUUUCAAGUAUCCGUUUUGUUUAAUUCAGUUGUGUGGUAAUUUUUGUGUUAAUCCUGCAUCCAAGAGGAGGAAUGCCAAGUGACUGUCGCGACUGUUUGGGUAUUCGUUAUCGAAUUAACACCCUGCACCAAACCUGGAAGUGGCUGCACCAAACCAUUGCCCUUCACGAAUAUUUGAUCUCAUUGUCAUCGGCUGACACUGAUGCUUGUUGCCAUAUGCAUUAGA